AAUCCGACAGUUGUCAGUUAUAUUGUUAUCUUUAUCCCCGUAACGGCGCUCUUUCACUUCUUCGUGUUCCAUCCCAAGAAAAACCGCCUUUUCCACCUCCUUCGUCUCGCUGUUCUGGAACAUUGUGAUAAUCACGAAUCUAGACACGUAUACACUUUGAUCUCUUAUUUCGAGAUUGACGUAAUAAGGAAGUUAGUAUGUAGUAGCACGCCGAUUCCGCAACUGCGUUACACGGAAAGUUACAACUGCUAAGUUUGGGUCUCAUUCAAUCUUGUGUUGUCAAACUCGACAAUUAGACGACGCCUACUAGACGGUCCUGCAGUGUUCGCGAACAUGGCACAAACAAAUGAUAAACAAAUGCCUACAAAUUAUGCUGAUUUAGUUCAGCAGUCACGAGAUACGUUUAACAGUGGAAAGACAAGGCCGAUAGAAUGGAGAAUCAAACAAUUGAAACAGCUUCUACUUAUGUUAACGGAAAAUGCUUCAGAACUUACAGCAGCAAUUGCAUCAGAUUUACAUAGGUCCAAGUUCGAAACAUUUGCAUUGGAAAUCGAUUAUACAAUCGAAGAGAUUAGGUACAUGCUCAUGAAUAUUAAAGAAUGGGCAGCAACAGAAAAGCCGACCAAGUCACUUGCGCACUUUUUCGAUACAAUAGAAAUCCGGAAAGAUCCUUAUGGAGUUGUAUUAGUCAUUGGUGCAUGGAAUUAUCCUCUUCAACUAUGUAUACUACCUAUGAUGGGCGCUAUUGCAGCUGGAAAUUGCGUGAUUCUAAAACCGUCCGAAAUUGCAACGACUACGACGAAAUUUUUAUACGAGACCAUUCCAAAAUAUUUAGACACGGAUAGUUGCCGUGUAAUACUGGGAGGCAUCUCAGAAACGAGAGAGCUACUCAAGCAACGUUUUGAUUAUAUUUUUUAUACUGGAUCCUCUGAGGUUGGAAAAAUCGUACGGAAAGCUGCUAAUGAGUUUCUCACACCUGUUACAUUAGAGUUGGGUGGAAAGAGUCCCGUGUAUAUAGAUAACACAGUAGAUAUAUCAAUGGCAGCAAAACGCAUUUUAUGGGGUAAAUGCAUCAAUGUUGGUCAAACUUGUAUCGCACCCGAUUAUAUGUUAUGUACACUCGAGGUACAGAAAAAAUUUAUUGAGGAAGCUAAAAAGAUUUUACAUGAAUGGUACAGUGACAAUCCACGGGAGAGUCCCGAUUUGGCACGCAUUAUUUCCGACAAACAUUAUCAGCGGCUUGUCAAUUAUUUAAGUGAUAAAAGCAAAAUUGCUGUUGGUGGUGACGUAAAUCCUGCAGAAAAAUUUAUUUCGCCUACAGUACUAGUUAAUGUCAAACCAACAGAUUCGAUCAUGCAAGAGGAGAUAUUUGGACCGUUAUUGCCUAUAAUAAACAUUAAUAAUGCAUACGAAGCAAUUAAUUUCAUCAACAGUCGUGAAAACCCACUUGUACUAUACGUAUUUUCCACGAGCAAGCGGGUACAAGAUCUAAUUAUAGACCAGGUCAGCAGCGGAGCCGUAUGUGUCAACGACACGAUAUUGCAAUAUGCCGUUGAAAGUUUACCUUUUGGAGGAGUAGGUAAUUCUGGUAUGGGAGCCUACCAUGGAAAAUUCACGUUCGACACAUUCACGCAUAAGAAAGGUUGUUUGAUUCGGAAUUAUAACAAAAUUGCAGAAAUCGUGGCCAAGGCGCGUUUCCCACCUUAUUCCGAUGCAAACUUGAAGUUGCUCAAAUAUUUGAUCGAAAGAAGACCUAGUGUGCCCCUUUUAAAGUAUAUACCGUACCUACUUACGUUCGGUCUCGGGGUGCUCACCACAUUUGGAAUCAAAGCUGCAAUGAAGGAAUAUAAUUACACGGAGGAGUAGUUAUAACGCCACCGAUAUCACGCAGCGUCUUCAAAUACAUCUAUAGGAUACAUUUUCUAAUUUAUAUUAUAGUUAAUUGCUUUUUUACGAUUAAUCUUGUAACACAAUGGAGGAUGUAAAGUCUUGUACAAUGUUUUUGGUUUUAUAUAUACAAAUUGUUUAUAUUUUAUAUUAAGUAGACAUU